AUGGCGGACAGCGGCUCGGCUGGCCAGUUCUGCCUCGAAGCCGAGGGUGGCGGACAGCGGCUCGGCUCGUACCGGUCGCCGCGCAUCACGGAGCACCCGACCGACAUGACCGUCCCCCGCAACGAGCCGGCGACACUGAACUGCAAGGCGGAGGGCAAGCCGGCACCCACCAUCCGCUGGUUCAAAGACGGACAGCUCGUCAGGACAUCACCGAGCGACCCGAAGAGCCAGCGCGUGCUGCUGCCCACGGGGUCUCUGUUCUUCCUGCGCGUGGUGCACAGCAAGAAGGAGGAUGACGCUGGCGUGUACUGGUGUGAGGCCUCCAGUGAUGUCGGCACCGUCAUCUCUAACAACGCCACGCUCGAGAUUGCCGUGCUGCGGGACGACUUCAGAGCUACCCCGGCGGACACGGUGGUGGCGGCUGGAGAGGUCGCGCUGCUCGAGUGCAUGCCGCCGCGGGGACAUCCGGAGCCGCUGGUGCGGUGGCGCAAGAACGGACAGGUCGUCAAUAUCCAGGCCUCGCACAGGCACGAGUUUGUGGACGAAGGCUCUGUGGUGAUCCGGGACGUGGAGCAGAGCGACGCUGGGCAGUACACGUGCGAGGCCUGGAACCUGGCGGGCAGCAAGACCACGCCGCCCAUCCAGCUCUCUGUCCACAUCAAGCCUGCGUUCAUCCGUGGGCCUCGCGACACCGUGACGCUCACGGAGCGGACGGUGGAGUUGGAGUGCGAGGUGUCCGGCGACCCGCCCCCCCUGGUGACCUGGCGCCGCCUCAGGGGGGACUUGCCCGAGCACCGGACCACAGUACUUGAGGACCACACGCUCAGGUGA